CGACUUCCUUUUCGGCCAUACUACACCGCAAAGAUGGUGAAUGUACCCAAGCAGCGCAGAACUUUCUGCAAGGGGAAGAAUUGCAAGAAACAUACAUUGCACAAAGUGACCCAAUACAAGGCUGGCAAGGCUUCCCUUUUUGCCCAAGGUAAACGGCGAUAUGACAGAAAACAGUCGGGAUAUGGUGGACAAACUAAGCCUGUGUUUCACAAAAAGGCAAAAACAACCAAGAAGAUUGUUCUGCGUAUGGAGUGCACAGAAUGCAAAUACAGGAAACAGUUGCCGAUCAAGAGAUGUAAGCACUUUGAGUUAGGAGGAGACAAGAAGAGGAAGGGACAGAUGAUCCAGUUCUAAAUGCCACCCGUUCUCUGUAAUAUAACAACAAAUAAUAAAAAAAUUGUACAGGAA